AUGCUUCUUUUAAGGUCUGGACGUGAAGUUGUCGCAACAGAAACGCCGAGUACGAAACAAAGAUCUUCUUCGACGAGCACCGGACCUCAAUACAUCGAGACUAGGCACACACCUUACACGCAGUUCUCAGACUGGGAACUGGAACGUCCUGCAAACAGCAUAAAAGGGAACAUAAGCCUGGACGCUCGAGCAGGCUAUUCCAAAAAGACCAACUUGGUAAAGAUCGUUGACUUGAAGGAACCUUGGAAAAUGACCGCGAUUUACCUGAAUUCCAAGCUUCAACGAUACGGCAUUUCGGUGCCGCAUUUCGUUGCUUCACAGAAGUCUGGCCUUUCGAUGGCGAAGAAUCAUCAUCAGAUACGCUCAACAACUAACUCCGGAGAGAAUACCAUGCGCCAUCGUCGGAUGUUGGGACUUGGACGCAAAGCUGGUGUGCGAAGGCGAUCCCGUAAACGUUUCCAUUUAGUGGGGACUACCGUAUACCAGCGACCCUCGGCUGCGCAAGACGAUAACAAGGGUCUUCUCCAUUCCCUCGUACACAGUGUGAUAACGAGGCUUUCGCUCCUCGAUGAAUGGAAAACUACAUGGGUAAACAUCAGCGUCAUGUCUUUGGCUCGGCAGGACGGUGGAGGAGACCUCACUUGGCUUUUGUCUAGAAUCGUCAGAAUGGCCGAGGACAAUGGCCGGAAACACGUUCAGCUGUUUUGCAUCACGUCGGCCACCCUCGAAUCUCUCAAUCACAAAGUGCUAAGUGCGGAUAUCAUGAGUGCCCGCGGGAAUCAAGGGGAAAAAAUGUUAACUUACCUUCAGCGCAACAGAAACAGCACGUUCCAGCUAAACAGGCCAUACAACAGUUCGAAUCAUCAUCUUUCUGGGGCUGCUGCUGACUGGAAAUCACAACGUGAAUUCCCUGGUGGCCACCCCGGGGACCAAAAACAUGAGUCUUACACGAUGAUAGUCUGGGGUUGCUGGCAUGUAUCACCCUUGAUACUGCCCUUGAUCGUAUCCCCGAUGCCAGUAUUCGAACCUGGGGAUAGUAACCACCUUGAUCUGGUGGAGGCCCUAAAGACGAGUUACCAAACCUGUUGGGAGCCUCUUGGAGUGUUAGACACGAACCUUGAGGAUAGUAGGUCAGGGUUCCGGCUUACAGUCUCGCCUAUAUGUAUUCUCCCUCCCACCACGUGCAGAACACUCGAGGCAUUGGCAUACCGGAAAUUCGGGACUCUAGCUCGUGGAGUACUCGGUAUAUGCAGCGGACGAAGUGCUGGCGAACGGUUAUUUAAAGCCGACGAAACCACGUGA